CUGGUCAGUCUCACCUGCGUUACCUGCGCGUGUAAUCUCGCUUGACCGGCCGCCUCCGCGCGGCCAGUAUAUUUUUGAAAUCCCUAUCGGUAACAUCGAAGCGAAUUCCUUCGUGUGCAUUUUUUUUUUUUUGGUGACAGUGAACCGAAUUUUUUAUUUUAAAAUUCGAAAAAAAAAAUAAAAUUUAUUCCAUAUAUCGACUCUAUAUAUCAAUCUCAAUAUAUACUGUGCAUCAUGAAACAAUGUCAAAUCUUAUCGUGUCUGAUAAGAAAAGAAACAAUGUCAUGUCGCACGUGAAACUCUACUUCGACUACCAAUAUCGUUUUAUUACCAAUCCUGAUGUCUUCAAGUGUCAGUAUAGUUACGGACAUGACAAUAAUAAGUGCGCUACUAAAAUAAAAUUGGAAUAAACGAUUUUAAUGUUCUGUCAUUAUGAUGAUGAUGGACAUGGGUAUGUACGGAACUUACGGUAAGCCAACUGACUCAUAUCCAAAUUAUGGUUUUUCAAAUCAUAAUCAAAAUGGUCAUUUGUCAGUUUCUUCAUCUCCAGAAUUGCCACAUCAUUAUCAACAAUCGGACAUUGGUCCCUAUUCAUCAGCGUCUUCUGAUGCAUUUUUAGCAUCCGAUUCAGGUGCAUCGAGUACGCCACCUCAAAGUUUUUAUUCCCAAACUGGUGCCGUAUUACAUGAGGAUGGCACUGCAAUUAUCUCAUCUGAAAAUGGACUUAGCUAUACAAUAUUGGAUUAUGCACCAUCUUCAUCCUACUCUGCGCAACAUCAUCCAACGGAUCCACAUUCUGGCUAUCAUAUACAGCCACCGAAUUAUCGUGAUGAUCAUCGACAUCAUGGAGCAUCAACAAUUCAUCAGGGAUCAGUAGUGUCCCACAUUAAUCAUGAGCAAAUACAUCAUCAUCAUCAUCAUCAUCACCAAUCUAGUCAUCACCAUGAGCAGGAUUAUCAAAUUCCAAUUGGCUCAUCUAAUUAUCUUCACCAGAUACCACCGCCACCCACGGAAGAAUCUUUACAUUAUGGACAAACAAGUCUUAGGCAGAGUGAAUAUGCUUCUCAUCCGACGGGACAUUAUAAAGAGGAGAGUCCUGAUCCGAGUUAUCAUAAUUUACAACAGUCUGGACAUAAUCUUCAUUCUCAUGGUCAUGCACAUCAUCAUCAUCAUCACCAGCAACAUUCACAUCAUACACAGCCACAACAACAACAGCAGCAGCAGCAUCAGAGUCAUGUACCAACGUAUAAGUGGAUGCAGGUCAAAAGGAAUUGUCCUAAACCCGUUGCGCCAAAAACAAAUCCAAAUGGAUCGGAAUACGGUGGUGGAGCAGUGCCAGGUUCUGUAACGUCAGUAUUUCCUCCGACGGUAAAUACUGGCCCGAUGACCUGUCUUACCAGUGGCCCUUUAACAGGACUAUCGAGCAGUUUCAACAAUACCGGUCGUACAAAUUUCACCAAUAAACAACUAACAGAAUUAGAAAAAGAAUUUCAUUUCAAUAAGUACCUGACGAGAGCGAGAAGAAUAGAAAUUGCCUCGGCACUUCAACUCAAUGAGACACAAGUGAAAAUUUGGUUUCAAAAUCGAAGAAUGAAACAAAAAAAGAGAAUGAAGGAGGGACUGAUACCAACUGAUGGUUCAACAUCAAAUUCAUUAAGUCAACUUAGCGGUGCUAGAAGUAAUAGUAAUUCACCUACGGGGUCUUCGAAUUUAGAAAUUGGAGGACUUAACAUGCACAAUUUUACAAAUGAAAAUAGUCGAGAUUCCUCUCCAUCUACAUCAAAGGAAUGACAUUAUCAUUAAGAGAGAUGAUGGAGUUUCUAUUAGUUAUCAGUUUCUGAUUAUAAUAAAAUUCAUCCAAAAAUUUAGAAUCCAGUUUUGCUCAGUUUAAAUAAUUCUAGUGAAUGUCGCAUGAGUAUUAUAAUUUAUUUUCCAAAUGUUCUGUUUGAAAUCUUAAAUUACCAAUAAAUUUUAAUAUCAAACGUGUAAUAAAAUUACUGUCAAAUAGAUUAUUGGAAAUAUCUCAAUAAUGUAAUUUGUUUGCGUGUGGAAAAUUAUUAGAAUUGAAAACUGUUUCUUAAAAAACAUAAAACAAAUUUUAUUGUAAAUAAAAUUUUUAAACUGUGAAUUAUUUUUGGAACAUGUUUACAAGAAACAGAAAAAAAAAAUAACAAUUUUCUUUUUAAAAAAGGAACAAGCUCAGAAUUUCACGACAAAAAAUUGUUGAAAAUAAAUUCAUACAUAAAUAUUUUGUAAAUAUUCAAGUUUCAAAUUCAAAGUAAUGCAUUUUGUCACAUGUUGCAUUAAAAAGAAGUCAUCAGAGCGAGUUAAAAAAAAAAAUUACUUUUUCUAGAUAACGCAUAUGUAUAUACAAGUAAUGGCACGAACCUCCGACAACAAUCGAAUUUUUCUUUUUUAAACCUUUUAUCACGCAACCAUAAUUUAAGAACUGGUGGAAUAUAGCGUGAGACGAUAUAGUCCUACUCGUGCCGUUAAGGAUUUCGUGGUCUGUGACAGACUGGAGUCAAUAAAAAAAAAAAAAAAAAAAAAAA